GCAUGAAAGAGAGCUACUUCAGGUACAAGGGUAAAUUCUACUAUCAAAUCUAUGGUACGGCCAUGGGGAGCCCUCUGUCACCCAUCCUCGCGGACAUUUCGCUGGAGACAGUUAUUGGCAAAGCUGUUGAAGCGCUACCGUUCGAUGUACCAAUUGUACGCAAAUAUGUGGACGAUCUGUUUAUUGCUGUUCCAGCAGACAAGAUCGAUGUUGUACUAGAAGAGUUCAACAAACAUGAAGCCCGCUUACAGUUCACUCUUGAGUGUGAACAGGACAACAAACUACCGUUCUUGGACAUGCAGGUGAUCCGCAAUGCUGACCAGACUCUGAGCACUGAUUGGUACGCCAAACCCAUCGCCUCAGGUAGAAUGCUGAACUACAACUCGUUUCACCAGAUGAAACACAAAGUCAACGUUGCGAACAACUUUAUCCACAGAGUGACCACUUUGUCCACACACAGCAGCUGGAACGACCAAAAACAGAUCAUCUACACACACCUACACAACAACGGAUACCCGAGGACGUUGAUCAGUCGUCUAAUCCAACAGCACCAGAGUAAAACCCUCCCGAAUGCCAGCGAGCAACCCAACGUAGCGACUCUUGUCGCUAACACCAACCAGGAUCCCACCCAACCACCCACCCUCAGUCAGCCACAGCCCGAAGCAGAUGCCAUCUAUCGAUCCAUCCCUUACGUCCCAAAACUGACUGAACGACUCCAAAAGGUGUUCCGCAGUGACUACAACCAGAUCCGCAUUGCCUCUAGACAAACCAACACUGUAAACAACCUACACACCAAAGUGAAAGACCCCAAAAACCACCAUGAAAACAGCAAUGUUAUUUACAAAAUUCCUUGCAAUAGCUGUAACAAAUGUUACAUUGGAAUGACAAAGAACAAACUUAGUACAAGACUUUCAGGCCACAGAUCAGAUGUAAACAAAUUGGAAAAAAUUGUUACAGAUCACACAAACACUGAGACAGAUAUGGAUAGCAUCAGAGACAAAACUGCUUUGCUUGAACAUUGUGUAAACACAGGCCACCGUUUUCAAAUUGAUAACACAAAAAUUGUAGACACAACCUUCAUGUCACACACACUGCCAUUUUUAGAAAUGUGCCACAUCUUCAACACUCAACACACAGUAAACCACAGAGUGGAUGUCGAUGGAUUGAACACAGCUUACGCUUCUGUGUUACACUCUAUUAGACCCCAACACACUGACACACAUCAAAUUCGCCCGCACAAUUUGACCCAAAGCGUACCCGAUGAAAAUGAUACCCCUUAAUGCCCAAAUCAUAUCCCGAACAAAGUAACUCGAACCGCCACAAAAUUUGUGACCAUAGCGACAGUGUGAGAUAUUUAAUUGUUAAAUUCAGUGCCCCUAAAUGUCCUAAUCUCACAUUAUUUGUUAAUUUUAGUCAGUGUACCACCAGCUUUUGAUGGAAUUUAUGACGUUAGCCUUAAAAAAGGCAGCUAACAAGAAACGUCAAGCUAUUUCCCCCUGAAGAAGGCGCCAAUCAGCGCCGAAACGUCGGACACAGCAUAAACAGCGUUUCACUUUGCCCAGACUGAGUAGCCGAUCAAACUCAAAAUU